UGUUACCUGCAGCGGACAGAGCGCAGAGCGGAGGUGAGUCCACUGUGACUCAGUCUGCCACCAAACACGGAACCAACCGGUUUCCCUCGAACCCGAACCUCCGGACUCAGCAGCGGUCACUUGUUUCUGUCCUCUGAGGUUUUUCCUGCUUCUUUGGACCGAAUUGUCUCUGAUUCUGGGAGACAAACGGAGGAAAUCUGCAGAAUUUCUGGUUUAUUUCAGAGGAUGGAGAGAGGCGAGUUUCAGAGGAGUUUAAAUUCUUAGAUCUGCUUUUCUUUGCUGGUUAAAUGGAAAACUACACGGUGUGGAGUAAUUUCAGCCAAGUUCUCUCCGAACUGGACGGGAUGGGUGGUGAGGAAGAGGAGGAAGAGGAGGAAGGCGUCAGUGGGAACGGACUGCGCGUCCUGAUUGGCUGCAUCCUCUUCCUGCUCAUCGUGUCCACGCUGCUCGGGAACACGCUGGUCUGCGCCGCCGUCAUCAAGUUCCGCCACCUGCGGUCCAAAGUCACCAACUUCUUCGUGAUCUCGCUGGCCGUGUCCGACCUGUUCGUGGCCGUGCUGGUGAUGCCGUGGGAGGCCGUGACCGAGGUGACCGACAGCUGGCUGUUCGGAGGCUUCUGCGACGUGUGGAUCACCUUCGACAUCAUGUGCUCCACGGCCUCCAUCCUCAACCUGUGCAUCAUCAGCGUGGACCGAUACUGGGCCAUCGCCAGCCCCUUCAAGUACGAGCGGAAAAUGACGCACCGCGUGGCGUUCGUGAUGAUCGGGGUGGCGUGGACGCUGUCCAUCCUCAUCUCCCUGAUUCCGGUGCAGAUGAACUGGCACAGGGCUCUGGAGGAGGACGGCGCGGUGAUGGCGGAAGUGGCGGCCAUCUUGGACAGGAACUGGACAAACUCCACCAACCUGACCGGAAGCGCCUCGGCCUCCAUGAGCUGCGUGGCCAACCUGAACAAAACCUACGCCAUCUCCUCGUCCCUCAUCAGCUUCUACAUCCCGGUUCUGAUCAUGAUCGCCACUUACACCCGGAUCUACCGGAUCGCUCAGACCCAAAUCCGCAGAAUCGCGUCUUUGGAGCGGGCGGCGGAGCAGGCUCAGAACCAGGGACACGGCGGGACCAGGAACCAGCAGCAGCACCGGGCCGCCGACGAGGCGUCGCUCAAGUCUUCGUUCAAGAAGGAAACCAAAGUCCUGAAGACGCUGUCGAUCAUCAUGGGGGUUUUCGUCUUCUGCUGGUUGCCGUUCUUCGUCCUGAACUGCACCGUCCCGUUCUGCGACCCGCCCUGCGUCAGCGACACCACCUUCACCGUGUUCGUCUGGUUCGGCUGGGCCAACUCCUCCCUCAACCCGGUCAUCUACGCCUUCAACGCGGACUUCCGCCGGGCCUUCGCCACCAUCCUGGGCUGCAACCGCAUCUGCUCCAACAACGCGGUGGAAGCUGUGAACUUCAGCAACGAGCUCGUCUCCUACCACCACGACACCACCUUCCACAAGGAGGCGCUGGUUCCCGCGCAGCCGCAGCAGCGGCCCCGCAACCUGAGCAUGACCUUGGACGACCGCCUGGAGGACAUGAGCGCCCGGUUCGACGAGGAGUCCAACAUUUCCAACGGCUCUUCGAGCCGCGACAGGCUGCUGCUGCUGCCGGCCGCCGUCCAGCUGGAGGACAAGGCGGAGAUUUCUCUGGAAACCAUCACACCCAUGACGUCAGCAGCAGAACUGGACAACGAGGUUUUCAUACCAGGACAAGUCCAUCAGGACGGAUAGGACCAGGCAGAACUCAUCGGUCCAGGGUAGCAUUGAUGGGCUUAAAAUAGAAACUCUGAUUUGUUUCAUACCAGAUCCGAUUCCUGAUUUUAACAGAUUCUUUUCUUAUUUUCUUUUCUCCAGAAGAAAUUGCAAAUGACAAAGUAUUUUCAAACUUUAUGUCGGUCGUCCCUCCUGUGACGGAGAAUAUAGUCAUAAAAUUAGCAGGAUAAAGACACAAUUUUACCAGAGAAAAAGUCAUUUUAUGAGAAAAAGCUUGGAUUAUGAUCUGAUGUGAGCAAAUCUGUUCAUCUGGUUGUUUCUUGUUUGGUCGAUCAUGUAAAACUGGAUAAUAAUUUCAUGCUAAUGUGUUAAAAUGUGUCUAUGAAAUAUUUAACAUUCCUCAUUUUUAAUUUUUUAUGUUGGAGUUCUCAUAUAAUUACUACUUUACCCUCACUCUAUUUUACACUCUA